AUGGAGCCCUUUGAUGAUGGCCUUGACGACAACGAACAGGACGAAGCACCCGUCUUCAGCUCUCACUCGCCUAAGUCCGAAGGUGCCCAUUCCCCCUUCGCACCCGAUGAUGCGGACUCAUGGGCCGUCAUCUCUGAUAUUGCCCUGAGACACAUCCAUCGAGUAUCAACGACGGCCAUGCACCCGCAAGAUGCCGAGUGUGCCAAACUCACAUGGCCCCCAAAUUUGCCUCGGUUUGAGGCGCCUGUGCCCGGCGUGCUAGCUUCCACACGUCGUGUUACGUUGGUCAACGAAGAUGCCCACAUUCCACCGGACUUUCGUCACCCGCCUACAGCGCCCUACAUCUUGCAAGCGAUUGUAGAGCUUUAUCCGGCACUCGCCAAACGACCUUCGCACACGUAUCUUCGGUUUUCACGAACAUGGAGCUGCCCUCUCGCCGAAUGCGCCUAUCUGGAGGACCUUGCAUGCCUAUCUCAUGCGGCUGGCGAGGCUGUAUGUCGGGUAGUAGCUACUACCUCAAAACCCCCCUUCCACGUGGACGACGAUUGUGUUUCCAGCUUUGUUCGAAUCGUCAGCGGAAGGUAUCGCGCACGUCGCGACUUCAUUGAGGAUGUUGUCGAUAUCAUCGGUCUGCGUCACUUCGAAUCGCACUUGAGUGACGUGGGGCUCCGUUGCAUCAUUCGUGGCCAUGCGCCAGGCGGUCAGAUCUCAUUCAUAUGGGAGAAUGUCGAUUUAUCUUCCGUAUUGCAGUCCAACACUGUCGACGGCUUGCGGGCCCGUCAACAUGAGGAGAGAGCGCGCCUGUCCAUGCAAAAGUCACUCUGUCUCCAGGCUCGUCGAUGGGCUCACGAAGCUCGCUUUCGGGAGUUUGGAGAGCUUGAGAUGCAGCAACGCAGCGCUCGUUGGGCCCAGCACGACUUUGUCAGGACGCUGGCAUUGGACAAUAUCCUAGCCGGCCCCGGAGAAUCCUUCAGCGGGGUUCGAGUCUUGACACCCGCCCAAUCAUCAGCAGUAGUGGAAGCCGGUCGCCUACUACACAACGAGGUCUAUGCAUCCUUGAGCGCUCGUGAGCUCGAGCACCAGGCCACAGCGCUUCGUCUAGAGCUCGCGGAGGAAGUGAUACAGGAUUGGGAGCGUGGCAACGGAUGGCUUCGUAUCCAGGAUCACGACGCAUGA